AAUUGUGAUGAAUAUCUCUGAGGCUGCCUAAAAUGAAGAGGGGUUUUGGAGUGGUGGUGAGAGAUUGUGAAGACAGAAUCAUUAAUGGGGGACGUGGUACUGAGCCUGCUAGUUCGGUUUUGAUGAUGGAAGCUAGCAAUUGCCUUGAGGAAGGGUAUUGAAGUGGCUAGAAGCAGUGCUUAUGGAAAGGUAAAUUUUGAGAUCGACUCAAAACAACUAUUUGUUAAAUGGUUGAUGCAGUGCUCAUGGAGAAAAAUAUGUUUUUAAAUUCUUAUGGCUUUUCUGUGUGUAGUUGUUGUACUUAAUUCAUAAAUUAGGUUAGGUGAG